AUGCCGAAGAUGUUUCCCAGAUGGCUUUUCCUGAUUUUUCUGAUUACUCCUACAAUUGUCAGCCUAGACGUCGUCGUCUUUCUUAUGGUCAUUGGAAAAAGCCAUUUCCAUUUUGUUUCUUCUCUCAUCGAAAGUCUCAACGAACGUGGGCACAAUGUGGUUAGUUUCCUUUUUUCUAUUACAUGAUUAAAAUCUCAAAGUGCAAAUUUAUACUAGAACUUCAAUUUAGCAAUUAAAAAACCAAAAAAAAAACUCCUAAUUUUAAUCUGUGUUCUUUCAAAAUUGGGACAAAUUUUCUUUUAGGACGUGAUAUUCGCUCGGCUGAACGAUGGGGUCAUCGGGAAUGGAUCUCUCAAGUUUCGUCGCAGCUUCGAAAUUAGUUUUGAAACACCUGGUUUGAUUUUUAUAAUUUUUUGAGUGGAUCUAGAAACAUGCAUUUUAGGGUACUACAGAAAAAAUACUGCUCAUCUGGAAGAAAUUUUUAUUGAAGAGCCGAAAAAAAUUGUCGAUCUGCAAAAUUACACAAGACUUGCCUACGAACUCUGUGAAUGUGGGUUUUUGAACAUUUUAAAUUUUUUUUUCUUGCUACUUUACUUUCAAAAAAGCUUUUAAUUAGUAUGAACAGAACUUGUCGUCAAGCGAGAAAUUGUAUGGGAACCGUCUGAAGAUAGAGUCAAGUAUUUUUUUUCUCGGAGUUUCCAAAGACGUCUUCGAGAAUGUCCAUUUGCUAAACUUUGAAAUUCUGAGACCCGAAAGCCAUCAUUUGAAAAUCGUAAGAGCCUUUGGAGCAUCUCAGCCUCUCUUGAUAGAUAAUCCCCCGAAAAUUCAACUUUCCGGGUCCCUUUCAAACAUAUGAGCACGUCUUCCAAAAAAAUAUUAUUUCGUUUUUUUUUAUCCGAAAUCAGUUGGUUUUUUCAAGGCGGCCUGAAAAAAGGCGGUGUUAUGGAAUUCCUUCGAGAAGGAAAAUAUGAAAUUGGAUUGACCAAUGACUACGACUCCUGCGGUCCGCUGCUUUUGAAGCAUGCCAACGUGCCUUCGAUCGUGAGUGAGUACAUUUUUCAGAGUUAAUGUAAGUGUUUGAUGCAGCCGACUUUUAGACUUUUAUACGGCUGCUGUGUUCAGUGAAAAGCAAAAAGAAGUAAUUUUGGGCCAGAAAAGUUCAUGCUUUCCCGGAAAGUUCGACGCCUCUGAACGCCCAAAAAGCGGUUUUGAAAAUAUAAAACUACAGUAGUUUGAAGGACUCAGCGUUUCGUUCUCUAAUUCCCUCGAACUCUCAUAAAUAUUGACUUUGCAGCUUUCACUCCCACUCCUCUUUUUCCCAACCAGCGAAUUUCCGCUGGACUUCCAACACCGGCUAGCGUCUUUCUGAGUCAGUUUUUUCGUGAAAUUAUUAUUUUAUAAGAUGGAGAAUUGCAGGUCCAUUGUCUCCUGAAACUGAUGGCGGGAUUUGGGACAGACUUUUUCAUCUUUUCAAAUCGGCUUAUUACCUCCAUGUUGUUUAUUCUGAAGACGCCAAUCGAAUGGUGAAUUUUCACCCAGAAUAAUGUUUGAGUUUUGAUUUUCAGAACGACCUGGGUAGAAGAUUUUUUGGGGAAGGAUUCAUUCCAAUCGAGAGAAUCAACCGCGAAAUCAGCUUGAUUUUUGUAAAUUCGAAUGAAAUUGUCGAAAAAGCAGUACCUAUCUCGUCUAAAAUUCGCUACAUUGGUGGCAUUGGAAAGACAAACUCAAAGCCGCUGAACAAGGUUUAGACCGGUUUUUUUCAUGUUUCAAUGGAUUUGAAACAGGAAUUCGACGAGAUUUUGAGCAUUUCUUCAACGGGAACUGUUAUUUUCUCUUUCGGCACUCAGGUUUCAAUGUUUUCUACAAAAAUUUCAGUUUAUUCAACCCUACGAAUACUUUCAAAAUAUUUCAAAACACAUAUUUACGUCCUGAAUUGAGAUGCUUUUUGAUUUUCACGGCCGUUUUCAAGAAAUCGUCUUUGGAAAAGAUUGAUUUAGGGUUAUAUGACCCAAAAUUCGUGGAAAGUGGGAAGAUUUGAGAGAAAUUCCUUCCUUAUACAUUUUGGAAAUAGUUUAUUUCAGGUCGCAACAGCAGCCAUUCCAUUUUCGAUACGUCAAAAUUUCGUGAGAGCUUUCCAAGAAUUUCCCGACGUCACGUUCCUCUGGAAGUACGAUGUGACAGAAGAUGACUCGAAGCUGUUUGAAGGCGUCAAAAACGUCCACCUGAAGUCUUGGCUGCCUCAGACUGACAUACUCCGUAACUUAACACAAUUAUGUCUCUAUAAAACGUAUUUCAGAUGAUGAGAGAGUGAUCGGAUUUGUCAGUCACAUGGGACUCAACUCAUUUCUGGAAACUUCAGCAGCUGGAGUUCCGACGCUGGCGAUUCCUCUAUUUGUUGAUCAAAGGCAUAAUGCACUAAAUGGUCUUUUUAUUCUUCAUCUGAUUCAAGCUAUCAAUUUUAUUCUUAGCGGCUGAGCGAGGAACAUCGAUCAUCGUCAAAAAACAUGAACUGACUUUUGAAAAAAUCAAGAUAGCUCUAGAAAAGCUUAUAAGAGAUCCGAGGUUUUCUCUAAUAUCACAAAUAUUGAUUUUUCAAAUCUUUUUAGUUACAAAAGAAACGCAAAACGAGUGGCGUCUAUGAUAAAAACGAAGCCUAACAGUGGAAAAGAAAGCUUCAUCGAAUGGUUCGAGUUUGCCGCCGCAAAUCCAGAGCUUCACCAGGUCAGAUCGCCUUCAUUUCCAACAAUGUGAAGUCUUUUUCAGAUUUUCGAUCUCCCAGGGUCCAACAUGUCGAUUUUCUUUUAUUAUUGCAUAGAUAUUGCCCUAGUUUUUUUUGCUUCUCUUCAUAGUCAUACUGCUCAUCGUAUCGAAAACCUUCAAGACAAUCAGGAAACGUUUUGA